GUUCUCCAGUCAGCUUUAGACUUGUCGCGACCGCUCACAGAGAGAGAUUAGAGGCACGAACAGACAGUGGCAAAAACCUCCAAGUUCAGUGCAAAGUGAAAGGAUUUCUUGUAGUUUUCUUGUGACUUGAGGGCGCUGGUGUCCAUUGUCAGGUUGUCAGGUUCUCUGGAGUGACCAACUUGUUGAUUUCCUACGUUUCCUGGCAUUUCUUGGAGUCUCUCGAACUUUCCCACGAUGGCUGGACGCGUGGUGGUUUACGGUGGCCGCGGAGCGUUGGGCAACGCGUGCGUGCAGCACUUCAAGAAGAACAAUUGGUGGGUGCUGAGCAUCGACAUGGCGCCCAAUGAGACGGCCGACCACAAUAUCCUCGUGGAACGGGAUGACACGUGGGCGGAUCAGGAGAAGGCGGUGCUGUCUCAAGUGGGCAGCGCCCUGAACGACUCCAAGGUCGACGCUGUAAUCUGCGUGGCCGGCGGCUGGGCUGGCGGCAAUGCCGCCAAGGAUCUGGCCAAGAACAGCGACCUAAUGUGGCGCCAGAGCGUCUGGACGUCCGCCAUCUCCGCCGCCAUCGGCGCGAACUAUCUCAAGCCAGGAGGAGUGCUGAGCCUGACAGGCGCGAAGCCCGCUCUGGCCGCCACUCCCGGCAUGAUAGGCUACGGCAUGGCCAAGGCCGCUGUUCACCAGCUCACAAAGUCCCUGGCCGGCAAGGACUCUGGUCUGCCGGAUGAUUCUCUGGUCGUGGCCAUCCUGCCUGUGACUCUGGACACGCCCAUGAACCGCAAGUGGAUGCCCAAGGCGGACUUCAACACCUGGACACCGCUGGAGUUUGUGGCGGAGCUCUUCUUCAAGUGGACCAAGGGCGAGGAGCGCCCUGCCAGCGGCAGUCUUCUGCAGCUCAUCACCCAGGACGCGGUCACGAAGCUCGUGCCGUCCGAAUGAAUCUCAGCAUCGACCAGGCAUUCCGGGGAAGACAAUAAGCCGCUCGCAUUGUACUCGAAGUGUUGAAAACACUCACCAGUAAUGGAUUAAACAUGUUAUUUGUCGUAGCAGUA